AUGGCUCAUGUGUUUGCUUGGAUAUGCAAUGCCCUAGAGCGUGGUGUUUUGGAGAUGAGAUUAAGUUUUAAAAAGAAGAAUAAAAACCUUUCUCUACCCUCCGAGCUCUUAACGAGCAAGACGCUGGUUAAGCUGACACUGGGAACAGAAAUUUAUCUUGGGGAGUUUCCUCCAAAUGGUCUGGAUAGUUACACAGGCGAUGUUACCAUUGGUUUGUUCCAAGUCAAGAAGCUGCAUGUUGUUGGUUAUAGAGGAACUGAUAAAGAGCUUCAACACUUGAAGAGUUUGCUUGCGGGAACUGAAUGCAUCCCAAGAAUGCGAGUGGAGUUCCCUGAAGAUGUUGUGGUCGAUUCUGCCACAAUUAAUCAAACCCGUUUGGAUAAAAUCUAA